AUGGAACUUAUAUAGUCCAGAGAUCCUAUUUCGGGCAAAAAAAUUAUAGAAAAUCCCGCUUUGAAGCAUUUAAAGUGUAAGUUAGCCCAAAGAAUAGGCUUAAUUUAUUUAAGACCAAGGGCUGUGGCAUGGGCUUAUAGACGAGGAAAUAAUAAAUUAGUUGAAAACAUGAAAAAAACUGGUAUAGAGAAUAAAAAAUUACAAUCUAACGUUUAAAUGCAAUAAUAAUAAUAAUAAAAGUAAAAAAGCAGCCAAGAAAAAGCUAUAGAAUUAACUAAUUCUCAUUAAUAUUUCGAAGAUGUUGACUAGGAAGCUUUAGAGAAUAUAAUAGACUAUAUAUUGGAAAAUUUAAGAGAUAAAUACACCGUUGUAAGAUGGUCUUGUGCAAAAGGAAUAGGAAGAAUCACAUCUAGACUAGAUUUGAAUAUGGCAGAUGAUGUUUUAAAUAGUGUCCUGGAGCUUUUUUCACCUAACGAAAGCGAAGAUGCUUGGCACGGUGGUUGUUUAUGCUUAGGGGAAUUAUGCAGAAGAGGACUUUUAUUACCAGAAAGACUUAGUGAGGUUUUUCCAGUGCUUUUUAAAGCAUUGCACUUUAGUGUUAAUCAAGGAAAUUAUAAUGUCGGAAGUAAUGUAAGGGAUAGUGCGUGUUAUAUUACUUGGGCAUUCGCCAGAGCGUAUGAUCCGGAUGUUUUAGAAGGAUAUGUAGAGGAGUUGGCUAAAAAUUUGCUUAUUACAUGUGUUUUUGAUCGAGAAGUUAAUUGCAGAAGGGCUGCUGCUGCAGCUUUUUAGGAACAUGUGGGAAGAUAAGGGAAUUUCCCAUAUGGAAUUUAAAUUCUUACAGAAGCAGAUUAUUUUACGUUGGGUUUGAGAAGUAAUGCUUAUUUAAAUAUAGGAGUCUAUGUGGGACAUUAUAAGGAAUACAUGAGGGGAUUCGUAGAACAUUUGGCCUUUAAUAAAUUGAAACACUAAGAUAUUGAAAUUAGGAGAUUGGCUGCGGCUUGCUUAUGUUUAAUGACUCCUUUGGAUCCCGAAUUUAUGAUAAAUGAUGUUUUGGCAGGAUUAUUAAAUUAUAUAACUAGUGAUUAAUUGGAAGUGAGACAUGGCGCAAUUUAUGGAAUUGCAGAAAUUUUAGUCGGGGCUUGUGGAAAAAGCGAAUUGCAUAAUAUGAAAGAUGAAAUGAAAGAUAGUAUUUUUUUAAGAACUCUUUCUUAAAAUGAAAGAAAAUUAAUUAAUGCAGGUGAGUAUAUGUAGGCUUUUAAAGAAUAAUAUGAACGAAUUAGGAAAAAUAAUUAUGUUUAAGAAUUUUUUUAAGGAGAAAUGUUAGCAAAGGUAUUAGAAGUGGUAAGUAUAAUUGAAAAAAAUAGACUUUUUAGAGGAAAAGGAGGAGAAUUUAUGAGGGUGGCAGUUUGUAGACUUAUUGAAGGGAUUUCUAUAGCUAAAUUAGAAAUUAAAUAAAAUCAUGCUAAAAGAUAUCUAGAUACUUUAGAUGAAUGUCUUAAAAGUUUUUUGGAAAAUAUAUAAAUUUGUGCUUCAAAAUCUUUAAAAAUCUUUAGUGGUUAAUAUAGUUAAGUUUCUAAAAAAGAGCAUUUAUAAUUAGUCUCAAAAUUUAUUUCUUAAGCUUCUACAGAUUAAAAUGUUGCAAUAACAAGAGGCUAUACUUUGGGUUUAUGUGCUUUUAGAACUUUUGAUAGAAUAUUCGAUACAUGUAUGCUUACUAUGAAUGAUUAUACGACUGACAAACGAGGAGAUAUAGGAUCUAUUGUAAGAGAAGCUUCUAUGAUUGUAAUGGUAAAUAUAAUAAAGCUUUGGGCAUAAAAAAAAGAUGGAAAUUAAUUAAAUUUAUCAUCAUAGUGUAUAUAAAAAAUUAUUUAAUUACUUUUGUAGUAGUUAAUGGAGAAAAUAGAUAGAGUAAGACUAGUUGCAGGGAGUGUUAUGCAGGAUAUUUUCGACAACUUGUAUGAGAAAAUACCUUAUUUUUAACAUAAAGAGGUAAUAAAUUUAAAAUUAAAUGACUUUAUUUAUUACUGGAAUUAACCUCAUGGUGUUUAUAAUAUUAUUGUCCCUUUACUUUAAUAUCCUGAAUAUAGCCAUUUUGUGGUAUUAUAAACUAUAUUAUUAUAUUUUUUUAUAAAAAAAAAGAUGAAAGGUUUAUGUGUUAGUGUAGGAGGUAUAAGUGAAAGUGUAGUUAAAUAUUCUUUAGGAGCUUUGAAUAGAUUUAUCAAUGAUUUUGGUAGAAAAGAGGGAAUAUUGGAACUCGUAUUUGGAAACAUUAUUAAAAUAUUUGAAGAAUAUGAAAAUAUGGAAAGAGUAGUAACUCCUUUAUUUAAAACUGUUGAUUAUAUGUUUGAGAUAUAAUUAGUUUAAGUAUGGGCAAAAUAAUUUGGGUUUGGAAAAUAGAUUUUUAAGGUUAUUUUAAAGGAAAUUAAAGAAACUAAAUCUAUAACUAAAGUUUAUUUUUUUAUAAAUAUUUUUUAUUUUAAUUGUUUUUUUUUAAAGAUUCCGGCAGCUAUAGGACUUAUUGUUGGUUUAUUACAUUUAUAAUGUGAGGAUAUAUAAAUAGAAUUAUUAGAAUUUAUAUUAUCUUUACUUGUUCAUAAAUUCCCAAAAGUUAGAAAGAUAACUUCAGACAAAUUAUAUUUACUUAUUAUGUCUAGUGGUGAAGAAUAUUUUGGGGAAGAAAAAAGUGAUUAGAUUACAGAAUUACUUACGUCUAAUGAUUGGUUAGAUGUAAUAUUCUUUAUAAUAAUUUAAUAAAUUAUUUAUUUAUUAUAGGAAAAAUAAAAUUAUAAAGAAGUAGAAAAAGAAUUUAAACAAAUAUUUAAAUUAUUAAAUAUUUGA